UCGGUAAAAUAUGUAAAUCUCUCUCGUAAAUUCGGCGAACAAACAAUUCUCCUCGAUUUUCCGAUUCGCAAUCUCUCUGUUUUCGAAUUGGUUCUGCUUCGGGAAGGAGAAGAAGGAAGAUGUUUAACGGGAUGAUGGAUCCGGAGAUGAUCCGGCUCGCUCAAGAUCAGAUGAGCCGCAUGACUCCUGCUGAUUUCGCUAGAAUCCAACAACAGAUGAUGUCGAAUCCAGAUUUGAUGAAAAUGGCAACUGAGAGUAUGAACAGCAUGAGGCCUGAAGAUUUGAGACAAGCUGCUGAACAGCUCAAGCAUACUCGCCCUGAGGAUAUGGCGCAGAUUGGCGAGAAGAUGGCUAAUGCUUCCCCUGAAGAGAUUGCUGCUAUGCGUGUUCAGGCUGAUGCUCAGUUUACCUACCAAAGAAACGCAGCUCAGAUGCUGAAGAAACAGGGUAAUGAGCUUCAUAGUCGCGGAAACUUCAGUGGUGCUGCAGAGAAAUAUUUGCGUGCAAAGAACAAUCUGAAGGACAUUCCAUCUUCUAAAGGUGGAGCUCUUUUGUUGGCUUGUUCUCUCAAUCUGAUGUCAUGUUAUUUGAAGACGAAUCAGCAUGAAGAGUGCAUAAAGGAAGGUUCCGAGGUUUUGGCAUAUGAUGCAACAAACGUCAAAGCCCUAUACAGGAGGGGGCAAGCUUACAGAGACCUGGGACAAUUUGAAGAUGCCGUCUCCGAUCUAAGCAAGGCUCAUGAAGUUUCCCCUGAAGAUGAGACAAUCGCCGAUGUGCUAAGAGAUGCUAAGGAAAGAGUGGCUGUUGAGGGCCCUGGCAAGGCAUCAUCAAGAGGUGUGGUGAUUGAAGAAAUAACUGAAGAAGAUACUGGAGAAAAUAAAAAACGGUCUAAAGAGGUCACUGAGACACAACCAGAAAGCAACACUGGUGGCAAUGCUCGGGGUAUAAAGACGGAUGCUGAUGGAUUGCAAGCUCUUAGAGAUGACCCGGAAGCAAUCAGAACGUUUCAGAACUUCAUUACAAAAACUGACCCCGAUACACUCGCUGCUAUUAGCGGAGGCAAAGCUGGAGACAUGUCACCAGACAUGUUCAAAACCGCCUCUAGCAUGAUAGGCAAAAUGUCUCCUGAAGAGAUUCAAAAAAUGGUCCAAACAGCCUCGUCUUUUAAAGGAGACAACCCUUUCGUCUCUUCGACUUCGCCAUCCGGAGGAAACGGGUUUGCACCCACACCAGACAUGCUUAAACUCGCGUCUGAUAUGAUGAGUAAGAUGUCAACGGAAGAGCGUGAGAGGAUGUUUAACAUGGCGUCGUCUUUGAAAGCAAACGCUCCAGUUUCAACAUCAAACAGGGACGCAGAAGCAACUGUUCCACGGGAAAGUAGUUUUGUAGGUGAGUCUAGUUCUUCGGCUCCAAGAAGCGGUUUGGAACCAAGCGUCGCUUCUGCUCCGCCUGCUGACUUGCAAGAACAGAUGAGAAACCAAAUGAAAGAUCCAGCCAUGCGACAGAUGUUCACGUCUAUGAUUAAGAACAUGAAUCCGGAGAUGAUGGCUAGUAUGAGCGAGCAAUUCGGGAUGAAGCUUUCUCAAGAAGAUGCUGCAAAAGCUCAGGAAGCCAUGGCUUCUCUUACUCCUGAAGCCUUAGAGAAAAUGAUGAGAUGGGCGGACCGGGCUCAAACCGGGAUAGAGAAAGCGAAGAAAGCAAAGAAGUGGUUGCUAGGGAAAGGCGGGUUGAUCUUGGCAAUAUGCAUGCUCAUCUUAGCAGUGAUCCUUCAUCGUCUCGGCUACAUUGGAAGAUAAAGGAAACAACGAAGGUCUCUUGAGACUUCUUCAACCCUUUACGUUAAGAUCAGUCUUUGGUUUUGCUUCGUAGUUUGUACAACAACCGUAACAUCGACCCACGUUUUGUCUCAAUUUCUUCCACCUUCUGUAGUGUUUUUAAAAGAAAAACUUUUAAUGUUAAAAAGAAUAUGCUGUUUUAGUUAAGAUAUUCGCUUAUUUAAUAAA